AAAUAGCUUGUUUUCCAUACCUCGUACUACGAACCGCAAAUACUUUGUUGUUAGCUCCAACCCACAUACAAGUCCACGCGCCGAACAUCACGCAAGGCCCAACAUGAGCGCCGACAAAAGUCCAACUCUCCGGGAAUAUCUCGUUCACGUGCCUGAUCUUCCGAAUAUUCUGUCCAAGAGACUAGCCCUUAUGAAACCACACAAUCAAGAUGCGGCGCCUUUGGUCAAGGCAGGCCGUGUUCCAUUCUUCGGCAGCACUCUCGCUCAACACGGUGUCGAGGGCGAGCAGCCCGCCGAGAACGGUACCGUCAUGAUUAUCACGGCUGAAAACGAAGACGAGAUUAGGGAAAUAAUAAAGAGAGAUAUUUUUACCGCAGGAGCUUUCACAAACAUGUAUCGUCCGAGAAAGAAUUGUUGGGUUAUUCAGAAGUUCGGAGGAACGAGUGUCGGGAAAUUUCCAGACAAGCGAUUCGCAACACGCAGAUUACUAGAAGUGUACCAAACGCUAAGACGCAUUGUUGCGGUCACUCAUGACAGCGGCAUGCAGAACUUGUUACUUGACAAGAUGCGGAGCAUCAUCCGAGACAUUCGUGACGACCAAGUGUCUACCGUGCAGUCAUUUGUAAAGUCGUCUCAUAUCCGAGAAGAGACCUGCAGACAGAUUGGAGAAGACUGUCAAGAACUACUUGACUAUAUCGCUGCUACCAGACGUUUCAAUCUCGAUAUAAACGGCAGAUCCAAAGACAAGAUGGUCAGUUUUGGAGAGAAGUUGAGCUGUAGACUCAUGAUCGCCAUGUUGCGAGACAGGCAUGUCGACGCCGAGUAUGUAGAUCUCUCUGAGAUCAUACCCGGCAACAGCUCGGAUCGGCUAGAGCCAAGAUACUUCCACAAGGCUGCGGCUGUCUUCGGAGAGCGGAUAGUGGCAUGCAAUGGCAGGGUGCCCAUUAUUACCGGCUUCUUCGGUGUGGUGCCGGGAAACUUGAUCGAUAGCGGCAUUGGACGAGGGUAUUCGGACUUGUGCGCAGUGUUGGUAGCUAUUGGUCUGCGAGCGGAGAGAGUGCAGAUCUGGAAGGAAGUUGAUGGUAUCUUCACGGCUGACCCCAGGGAAGUGCCUGAUGCGAGAUGCUUGCCCUCGAUAACGCCGUCGGAAGCAGCCGAAUUGACCUUCUACGGGUCCGAAGUCAUUCACCACCUCGCUUUGGCUCUGGCCAUCCAAGCAGAGCCUCCCAUCCGAAUAUUUGUCAAGAAUGUGCAGAAGCCUUGGGGUCAAGGCACUGUGAUUGUUCCGAACACGGCUGAUGAAGGCUCGCCGCGCCAAAUCGACGACCUAGACACUUCCGACUCGGAUAAUACGCCACCAUCGCCAUCGGAGAUAUCCACACUCUCGGGGAUGCCCACUGCUGUUACGAUAAAGCGAGACAUCAUCGUUCUCAACAUACUCAGCAACAAACAGUCCAUGUCCCACGGAUUCUUCGUCAAGGUAUUCACCAUCCUGGCAGACCGCGAUAUCUCGGUCGACCUCAUCUCCACGUCCGAAGUUCAUAUUUCCAUGGCCAUCAACACGACCAACACGGACAUGGCACAAAUCGGAGAUGCGCGGCUCAAGCUUGCUGAAGAAGGUGAGGUGAAUGUGCUCCUCGACAUGGCGAUCUUGAGUCUGGUGGGGGAGGAACUGAGUAAUAUGACUGGCAUUGCCGGGCGAAUGUUCUCCAUCCUGGGGGAUCACAAAGUGAACAUGGAAAUGAUUUCACAAGGGGCUAGCGAAAUCAACAUUUCUUGCGUGAUCCCCGCCAAGGACGCCACGAGAGCCAUAAACACACUGCAUGCGAAACUACUCACUAUAGAAUAA